ACGGGUUGAUGGGGCCAACUCAGUGGGUGUGAGCUUUCUGCAAGUGAUAAACUCGUGGUCAUCGUAACCAGAAUAGCGAGGGACCUGGAUCUGGUAGAAGUGAGAGUAGCAUCAAAGUUGGCAUACAAGACAGUCAUAAUUGCUAAACCGCAUCGGCGUUGAGAACAGCGCGGAUCUGCCAGGAGACAUUCCGUGAAAAGGAAUGGAGUACAGUUAUGAUGUUGAUCUGGAAGAAUUAUGUCCUGUUUGUGGCGACAAGGUGUCCGGAUACCACUAUGGACUACUGACCUGCGAGAGCUGCAAGGGUUUUUUCAAAAGGACUGUUCAGAAUAACAAGCGGUACACUUGCGCAGAAAGUCAGGACUGUAAAAUAGACAAAACACAGAGAAAAAGGUGUCCAUUUUGUCGAUUCCAGAAAUGCCUCAGCGUUGGAAUGCGAUUAGAAGCUGUCCGCGCGGACCGGAUGCGCGGGGGCCGGAACAAGUUUGGCCCUAUGUACAAACGGGACAGAGCCUUAAAGCAGCAGAAAAAAGCUUUGAUACGAGCCAGCGGACUCAAGAUGGAGUCCACGCCGCCGUUAGUUCCCCCCACGCAGACGGACUAUAGCUUCUCUGGCAGCCACCAGGGACUGCCGCCCGUUCCCAAGAACAUCUUACCCGCCACCCCGAACACCACCACACCCACAGACUAUGAUCGCAGCCUGUACGGUCACGUAUCGCUGGGCAUGACCAUGCCUUCGCACGGGCCCUUACUGAACCAGUACCAGUAUACCUCCUUCCCCAGUCGGGCUAUCAAGUCCGAGUACCCAGAUCACUACACAAGUUCUCCGGAUUCUGUGGUCGGGUACACGUACCCAGAGCAGGCGUACCCAACCGGCGGGUCACCUCAGCAAGCAGGCGUGCCACCCUUGGUUCUGGAGUUCCUACGUUGUGACCCAGACGAGGGCCAGGUGCAGAGCAAGAUCGUGGCCCACCUGCAGCAGGAGCAGAACAGUCGAGGCAAACACGACAAGCUCAGCACCUUCGGCCUGAUGUGCCACAUGGCGGACCAGACACUCUUCUCCAUUGUGGAGUGGGCUCGGAGCUGCAUAUUCUUCAAGGAGCUCAAGGUGGGGGACCAGAUGAAGCUGCUACAUAACUGCUGGAGCGAGCUGCUGGUGCUGGACUACGUGUCCAGGCAGGUGCAGCACGGCAAAGAGGACAGCGUGCUGCUGGUGACCGGCCAAGAGGUUCAGAUAGCGCACAUCGCUGCCCAGGCAGGCGCCACCCUCACCAGCCUGGUGCAGAGGGGGCAGGAACUGGUGGGCAAGCUGCAGGCCCUCCAGGUGGACCGCCGAGAGAUCGCCUGCCUCAAGUUCCUCAUACUCUUCAACCCCGACGUGAAGCUUCUGGAGAACCAGGCGUUGGUGGAGGGCGUGCAGGAGCAGGUCAACGCUGCCCUGCUGGAGUACACGCUCUGCAGCUACCCACAGUUCCUGGACAAGUUUAGCCAGCUGCUGCUGCGCCUGCCGGAGCUGCGGGCACUGAGUGCCCAGGCGGAGGACUACCUCUGCUACAAGCACCUGAGUGGCGAGGUGCCCUGCAACAACCUGCUCAUCGAGAUGCUCCACGCCAAGAGGGCGUGCAUCUGACAACACAGACUCAGAGCCACACCUGGACCAAACACGCCCCCCAACCCAUGCCCUAGCAACCAAACCGUUUCAUCAAAACACUUUCGGUUAUAAACAGACCCCUAAACAGAAUCCUCAUUCACCACCAACUGAACCAUACCAUGAGGAACAGUGUGUGUGUGUGUGUGUGUGUGUGUGUGUGUGUGUGUGUGUGUGUGUGUGUGUGUGUGUGUGUGUGUGUGUGUGUGUGUGUGAGGGAGAGUGUUUGAUAGAAAUAAAGAGAGAGAGAAUAUAAUUAUGCACAGUAUCUGAGAGUGCUAUCUGCCAUAGUGUCCUGUCCUGACCAAAAGGCAUAGCAGUGAGUGUGGGCUGAAUCAUCUUGUGGGCUGAAUCCUAUAUGAUUAAACAGUAGUUAUUGGUCCACAAUGUGGUGCUGCCCAUACUCAUCAGCAUUGAAGGGCAGGUGAAGGACAAGUGAAAUACAGAUAAUAGAUUGAGCAAGAAAGGUUCAUUUAGGCACUGCUUAUGCCCCCUUGGGAUCCUUUCAGUCAGAUUUGCGCUGUAUGUGAAUUCUCUCAAACGCAUAUGCUGACAUUCAACAACACAGAAUACAAUUUUUUGAGAAAGGGGUGAGUAAGUGAGAGAAAGAGAGAGGGAGAAACAGAGGGAGAGAUAGAAAGACGAGGCAUUAUUUGUGAUAUUUGUGAUUUUCAUUUUUUUGCCAAGAAUCUCUCAAACCUCAGCAGCAACAAAAGGUCCCGUACUAGAAUGUACUAGAAUGGACUGUUUGCCAUGUAUAGAAGAGCACAGAAGGUGUUUGGCUGAAGUGUGUGUGUGUGUGUGUGUGCAUGCGUGCGUGCAUUUGUGUGGAUGUGUGAGUGCAUGCAUGUGUGUAUGUGUUUGUAAGUAAUUAUGUAACUAAACUUUAUUUGUAUAGACCUUUUCACACAUGCUUCACAAAAUGAGUGGCGGGUGUGUGUGAGUGUGUGCGUGCACGCGCACGCGCGUGUGUGUGUGUGUGACCUGGAGUGAAAGAAACGCACUGCAUGGGACCUCCUACGCACGGAGCGUCUCUGUCUCAUGAAUGGUCAGAGUAGCCCACUCACUCAGCCUGCUGAUGAAAAGCUAUCAGCAGCACAGGACACUCAAUGGAGUCUGUGACCACAUGCAAAUAUAAGCACAACUAAUUUGAAAGUGACAACAUUUGCAGCGUGAAUGACAAAAGCAUCAAUGUUUUUUAUUAUUAUUAUUAUUUCUACUCUUAAACUCUCUCCCUCCCUCUCAAAUUCACAGUCAAAUUUCACACUUCUUAUAAUAAUGCUCAAGACAAAUGUAUGUGUGUGACCAAACCCUAUGAAGUACUUAUUGUGUCGCAUGAUCGAAGAAUUCCAGUUAACACUGCCUGGUAGACUCAGAGACCACAUACUGUAACACAGCGCUUUUUUUGGUUAGGUUUUGGGUUGUGAUAAUAUUAAUGUAAUAUUCCACCUUGUUGUGGGUGUUCAUUACAUUUUCUUUUUUUGAGUGGAUUUAAAAAGAGUGUAAGAGCCUGUGUGUGUGCAAGAGAAAAAGAGAGAGAAAGAUAGUGUGUGCGUGUGUGUGUGUGUGUGUAAAAGACAAGUACAAUGCUAACACUUGCCUUAAUGAUAAUGACUGACUGAUGAUAACUGAUAAAGACUGUGGGCUCUGAUACUGAUGAUCACUUGUUUGGGCCAAAACGCUCUCCUAUUGUAAUCCAUUCAAUGUUAAAAUGUGUAUUAUGUAUUUAAGAAGUGACCAACAGAACAUUGUGCAUCUGUGUUUUCUUCUAUGUUGUAUUCUUUGCCUGCUAUUAGGAAAAGUCUGAUUGGCUCUCUGCCUCAUUAUAUGACAGUACCACUCCUUCCGAUUGGUCAGUGUCAUUAUGGCUUUGAGUCCUGCUGCUGUAUUCCACUGUGUCUCUGUUCAACCCAGUUUUUGUUAAGACAGUGCUUCAUUGUAUUUGUUUCAAAUAAAUAAAUGAAAAUUA